AUGAACAACAACACACGUGUGGUCCUUUCAUUACCAGUAGCCACUAGAUUAUGUGGUAAAAAGGUUCUACUUGUUGGAAGCGGCGAAGUAGCAAUUUCAAGAUUAGAAAAAUUAAUACCUACUGGAUGUCAAAUAUAUUUGGUUACUGGAGACAUAGAGGAUGACUUGGAUGAUAUCACUUGUACUUCCAGUGGAAACAAACGAUUUGAAACUAUUUUAAAAAAAUGGUUUGUACCACCUUCCAAACUUGGUAAUGCUAAAAUCACCGCCACGGGAACUAGUAAUGAUGAUAUAUACACUUAUCCCAAUUGGCAUACAAAUUGUGGGAAAAUAUAUCAAAUAAUCAAAAGGAAUUUUAAAUUUCAAGAUUUGACAAUGUUUAUGAAUAGUACAAGCAAUAAAAACACUUCUUCUAUCAACAAAAGUGAAUUCAGUGCUUUGGUUGAACGCACUAAUGAUAUAAAUUUACUAAAGUCAUACUUGGGUGAUAAUUGGCAGGUUAUUUUGGUUUGCAUUGAUGAUAUCAAACUAAGCGAAUUAAUCUAUUAUAAAGCAAAACUGUUAUUGGGCCCACAAAUCAUGAUCAAUGUUGCGGAUGUUCCGCCUUUAUGUGAUUUUUACUUUGGCAGUAAUUUUACUUUAGGAGAGGUCCCUACAGUAGAUACAGAUGCUAUUAGGAUUAGCGAUAUUGAUAUUAAUAGCAAUAAUAGUUCCGACGAUAUAACUUUAGAUAACAUCAGUUGUGUUCCCUGUAUACAAAUUUUGAUAUCUUCUAACGGAUUAUCACCUCGUUUUACUUCACUUUUAAAGAAUGACAUUAUUUCAAAAUAUGGCAGCAGUAGUAAUAUUCAUAUUCAAGAAAGUUGUGUAAAAUUGGGAGAAUUAAGAAGAAGAAUAAGAGACAUUAAUAACACCAACAGUGAUAAUUCUAAUGGUGGAAAAGAAUUGAUUUCUUAUAGAAUGCAAUGGAUUAAAUAUGUAACUGAUCAGUUUGGUGUUAAAUACUGUCACUUGAUGGAUGUUGACAACUUGGUUAAGCUAUAUAAAAAGAUGUUGAUAGACGAUUCUAUGAGUUUAGAAUUUCCAGCCAACAUGGUACAAGCCUUUGGCAACUUAUCGCCGUAA